UAAAGGGUCCCAUUUCUAUCUCCAUUUCCUGUUCCCUCCAACUACUACUUUAUUACAUCCUCAUCAUGGCUUACUACUACCCAGCCCCCUACUACUACGGCUACCCAGCCCCCUCCCCCGUCACCAUUCACACCGCCCCCUCGCCCCCUCCUUUCUUUGCUCCGCCGACUGCCCCUCCUCACCAUGCUGCCCACCAGCAGGCCUUCCCACCUCACCACUAUCAGCCUUCCUUUGUAGCUCCUCCUUCUGGCCACCACCCCGCCACUGCGGGACCUAGUCUCGACGAGGAAGAGGCAGCUGCCUUGACUCACCUCCAGGCUAUCAAGCGACGCCGCCAGGAGCUUGAGGCUUCUCGAGCUCACGAGGCUGCCUCUGCUGCUCGCGCUCAAGCUCAGAAGGAGGCCGAGGUUCAGGCACUGAUCAGCAAGGAGCUCGCCAAGCAGCAAGCAUUGCGCGCUCGAUAUGAAGAGGAGGAGUUGAGGAAGAGACAGUACAGAGAGGCUAUUCAGAGGCAGAGGCAAGAGCUCAAGGCUGCUCGUGCGGCUGAACGUCAGAAGGCUGCCCAGUAUCAGACCAGGUCCAGGGAUCUUGCACCCAACUCGGCCUUUGGCCACGAUGAUGUCAGCAACGUACUCGGAUCUCUCUUUGGUAUCAAGCCUGCCCAAGAGCCCCAGUAUGACAACUGCUUUGCUCCCAGGUCUUCCGCCAACUCUCUCGAGGCCCGCUCCAGCUCUGCUGCUCGUGCCUGUGCUUCUGCUGGACAAGGUCGCGAGCAAAAGUCCCAGCAGCCAAAGUCUGAGCACGACGUAUUCAGUUUGACUGAUCUUCUUCGCUCUAUCGGCCUUAUUGAAGAUGACGUGUCCGGUCCCACUUGUUCUGAACAGUGUACCAAUUCACAAGCUCCUACGGCUUCUUCCACCCCAUCUGCGACCACCAGCUCUGCUCAGCGCCCCUCUCAGAGUGGACUCCCCGCUGAGGUCAACGACAUACUUCACCGAUACCUCGGUCUUCACAUCGACCCCGUGGCUUCUCAAGACUCUGCUCCUUCUGUGAAGAAUGCAAAAGGCAACGGCGUUCCCGCAGGCCUUAACGAGCUCCUGUCUCAGUUUGGCUUGGUCUUUGAGCCCGAAACGGAGACCGAAACCAAGCCGGGUCCUAGCCACUCUGCUCAACCGGACAACGCCGCACAUCCCAGCGCUGUCGACUCUGCUACUCAGUCCAAGCCCACUGCACCCCAGACCGCUCCCUCUCCCCAGCCGCCCAAGCUGGCUACUCCUUUCACCUCCUUGCUCGGAGAAUUUACCAAUGUCCACCCUGCUGUUGCCGACAUACUCAGGAAUGUCGAGGUUGCUGUGACCGAGGAGGUCAAGCAGAGAACUCGAGCGGGCAAGGCAGGAUGCACCGGGCCAUGCGACCAGCAGUGUGCUAGUGGAUGCCAGAAGGCUUCGGGACAGGCCAAGGGCAAGGGCGUUGCAGAAGGUGAAAAGAACCCUGUCUUGAGGGAGGCUGAGCCAGAACCCGCCGCCAACCCCACAACUUCCCUCUCUACCCUCGACGACAUCCAGCACCAAUUCGAGUCUCUCCGGGCCAACUUUACCUUCCCCGAGUACCUCUCGUUUGCCCGAGACUCUCGUGGCUCACACUCUCCUCCUCUCCUCUUCAACCGCAUCAACUCUGCAUACCACGCCCAGGUCAACGCGCUCCUGCAGCUCCUACUUCAAACCGACUCCAUCAACUCUGGUGGCGAGAAGGCAGUAAGGCAGAAGCGCAAGGAGGUUGUCAAGAAGGUCGAAGACGAGAUUGAGAGGCUCGAACAGUUGCGAGACGACCUGUGGGAAGAUGUCAAGGAGAGGCGAGAGAGGGGCGAGGAGAGUGAGCCCGAUGCCGAUCAGGAAAGGUCUUGGAGCGACACUGAUUCGGUAAAGAACGAGGUCACUGUUGGGGAGGGAGAGACGAUUGUCGAGCCUGAGCAGACUGAAGCUUCUGGUGAGACUGAAGGAUAUGAGGUGGUCGACAACCAAGCCCAGGACGCUACCCCUGCUGAAGCCACUGUCCCUACCGACGCCCCUGCCCCCGCCGAAGACUCUACCCCUGCCGAAGACUCAGUCCCUACCGAAACCCCCAUUCCUGCCUCUGCCUCUGCCCCUACCGAAGACCGUGAGCAACCUCAGAGUCCUUCCUAUGCCGAUGCUGCUAAGCACGCUCUUGAGCAAUCCCAAGAGCCUUCCGCUCAGACGCCUAUCCCCGAGUCUGCCCCCGAGUCCUCUGCUAUCGAGCCCCAGGCCGAGGCUGUGCCGGCAGAGCAAGACGCUGCGUCAGCCCCUCAGCAAGUCGAUGCUUCUCCCUUGCCCUCUGCAAGCCACCAUCCAGUCACCGUUGAGGACGCAGAGGAUGAGAAUGAGGACAGGAAGCAGAAGCGGGACAGGAAGAUCAAGCGACAGGCGAGGCGAGCGGGGAGUGAUGCAGAGGAUUACGAGAUACUUUAAUGAUUUGCGUCAAGAUUGGUCGUGAUAUCUAGUGAAAGAAUAUCUGUCUUUUAUAGUUCCAAAGGAUCCUCCAUUCAGUAGUGUAGUAUACGUACCAGUAGACUUUGUACACGUAAAGUUCGUAUGAAUGUUGCAAACUAAUCAUCGAAAGCACGAUGGGUGAUGAUACGAUGAUGCAACAAAUCGAUUGGUCAUGAUAAUCACUCAACUUCCUUCUUGACGACAUUGCGACCAAGUCCCUCUCCGCCGCCUUCCGCCAGCCUUCGUUUUAUCUGUUCCUUUUCUUCUGCAGUCAAGGACCUCCUUGCCUUCCUUCUCUUUCGAGUUGUGGCGGACGCCAUGGAAGGAGGCUCUGUUAGCCUUUCACGCGGCUCUUCCUUGACUUUGACUCGCUCUGGCAUUAUCGAAGGGCCGGCAGGGGGGGCAAUGGAUGGCUGAGGCGUGGAUAUGGACGGUGGGGAGAUGGGCUCUGAUUUGACAAUGGGUUGUAUUCUCUCUUUGAUCUCUAGACCCGGUUCAGCCUCGACCUUUACAGCCUUUGGC